GGGUGAAGUUGAAGUGGUGUGGUGCAUCCCCGGCUUAUUAUCGCCCUUUUUGAAUAAACAAAAACAAUUAAACUCGUUCGGAUCGAAAAGAAACCGUGACGCCAACUCGGAGCGAGUAUUUCGAGUGUUUUUAUUUAUUAUCAAAUUACAUUUUUUCAAUAAAUUAAUUUGUACCGUGUAUAUGUGAGUGUGUACACAGGAAGAUAAUCGAUUUGUCAACGCGCGAGGUUUUAGAUUACAUUUUCGGUUCGCUAUUUUAAUAUUUUGUGACCCCGAAAAAAAAAAGGUGCAAUUUUUAAUUAAUGGGAAAAGUGUACCUUACCGAGUGGGGUAUCGUUUUGAGCCGAAUUUCCAAUAAAAUUUUAAUUCGGUAGAUAAUUUUCUUUUGAAGAAAAAAGGCCAUUCACUUGUUUGCCUGGCUGGACCCUGGUCAAAGACUUACGUUAUUUACGUUUUCCGGUAAUAAUUGUUGGACGUGACGUGUGCCUUAGAUUCUAUACUGAAACAAUUAAUAAAUUAUUUAUGCCUGAGUGGACUCGAAAAUUAAAUCGACAUUAAAAAAAAAUGCAUUCGAUUAGGUGGCUGAUAAUUGUUGGGUAAUCAAACACUGAUUCUGUGUGGCGGAUGAUCGAAGAAGUUUAUUAGAUAGCAAUCAUGGAAGUGGACGAAGCUGUUGUGGAUUUGAGUUUGGGGCCCAACAUAAACCGGGAAUCGCCACCGCGGCCACCUCAAAACCAUCACCACUCUUCGAUACCGUCGAGCUAUCUCAUCAAUCCAUCCGGCGCCAUGGUCAAUUCCAGACGAAUUUUGAGACCUCGAACUGAGCCUCGCAGCUACGUAGAAUCACCAGAUGCACUAAUCAACGGUUCUCUGGACAGAAGGACGAACGGAACUGGAAUUGUCGAUUUUUUGGAUAGCGAUUCCAGUGAAGGGGAAAUGCCUCCGUUACCGCCGCCAAUUAAGGAAUUAUCGCCGGAUCAAUUGAAACAAAGGGAUCGAGGUUUGAGAAGAUUAAGAGAAGAAUUGCGAGCUGAAGAAAUGAAAUUAGUUCUUCUCAAAAAACUGAAACAAUCUCAGCAGCUCAAAGAAAACGUAGCUGUGCAACUGCCGCCGGGGGUGCCACCUUCGGCAUUGCCCGCCGCAGGGUUGCCCAGUGGCCUAAGCAUUACCCCUACUAUUGUUAAGGUUCCUGCAGCAAAUAACAAGGGCCAACCGCCUCAGGCUGCUCACACAAGACAUCCUGGAAUUACUAAUUCACAUCCAAAGAAUGCUUCUUCUGGAGUAUCAUCACUUAUGAGAGGCCAACCACCAUCUAGAAGCAGCAGCCUGCAUGCCCCUCAAAUCACUGCCACCCCGUUAUCGGGCAAUAGAGCCACAAAUCUGUCAGUUUCUCAAUCUCAACAGCGCUCUGGAGCCGUGGGCAGAUCAUCAGGUUUUCCUGCUGGAGUUAAGGAUUUGUCACCGUCCGUGACGAUCACUCCUGCUCCGCCACAAUCAGUAAAGGAUCGUUCCUCUAGGGAAGAUAAUCAAACUCCCGCUCAAAGACAAGCGGCUGCCAAAUUAGCUCUAAGGAAACAACUAGAAAAAACUCUUUUGCAAAUUCCGCCUCCGAAACCACCGCCUCCGGAAAUGCACUUUAUACCCAAUCCGAGUAACACGGAGUUCAUUUAUCUGGUCGGGCUGGAGCAUGUUGUCGAUUUUCUCACCAAGGAAACGAAAAUGCCUUUGCCGCCGCAACCUUUCCAGUGCAGCCAGUGUAAUAUGGAUUUCACUCCUGUUUGGAAAUGGGAGACUAAAGCUAAGAAACAAGCCUCAAAAGUAAUAUGCGAGCAAUGCGUCACCAACAACGUAAAAAAAGCACUGAAAGCAGAACACACCAACAGACUGAAAACUGCGUUUGUGAAAGCCUUGCAGCAGGAGCAAGAAAUCGAACAGAGACUAGCACAGAACGGUUCCUUUUCCACUAGCAGUCCGGCCCCGUCGCCGUCGGCCCACGAACCUCCGGUACCUAAGUCGGUUACUCCUACGCCUGCGCCGAGACAUGCGGCUACGCCCACUCCUCCGACGCCGCAACCGCCGGCGCAGCCGACACCGCCGCCACAGCCCAGAGGGAGCCACCAAAGUUCUUCGCAGAGUGCACAGCAAAGCGCCGCCGCCAUGCAACAAUUAUUACGAAGUAUCACGCAAGGAGGACCUCCAGGAUCGCACCUGAUGCACUUUCCCUUAUUUUAUCCUUAUCAAUUGGCCAUGGCUCAGGCGCAAGCGCAGGCCGCAGCCGCCAGUGGCAAAAAUACUGGCGGAGUGGCACCGAAUUUGGCUGAACAGAUGCAAAGGGCUGCCGAUUUACAACGGCAAUAUUUGUUAGAUAUGAUUCCUCCUACUCCAGGACAACGUCACAACUGGAAAACGUGAUCCGAUUAGUUAAAUUAAUUGAAGGAUAUUUUUUACAAUUCGAUUUUUCUAUACAGCGGUUGCGUUUAGUAGAUUGUUGCUUCAACUACAUUUUUGUUUUAUUCUGACGAACUCAACUAAAGUAACAAUAAGUAAAGCUGGUAAAGGUUUUAAGCCACCUUCAAAAAUAACUCUUUUGGAAGAGUUACCUCAAGCCAUUAAAGUAGUUUUUUGAUGUCAAACUAAUAUAGAGGGCACUGUUCCGGGUUUUUUUUUCAAUUUGUAUCGACAUAAGCAAUUGUAUAAUGUGCGUAUCAGCUUUUUUCCAAGUUUAAUAAUAAUUUCGCCAUAAAUGUAUUUUAAGAAUAAAUCGGUGAUUAAUUUAAUUAAUUAAUCGAAUAUUCCUCAUAAAUUUUUUUAUGUACACAUCUUGAUCUCAUUUAGCUGGCAAAGGUUUGUGAAUUAAUAAAACAAAUUGUUGAAAGCAUUCAUAAGGGGCCUAUUAGACAGUCAGUUCAGUUAGCUUGUCAAUAUAGGACUAACAUGUCUGUUCUGUUAAACCACAAGUAUUUCUUGUUUAAUCGCCAAGCUAACUGAGACUAAAAGCCCUUUGAUAGACACAUUUUUCGUUUCAUGUACAAAAUAAACUUUAUUUCAAAAUAGUGUACAACAAGGAACCUAGAAUUAGUAUUUUGAAAAUGUAUAACAUUUUCGAUACAGUGAUUUUUGAAAACACUCGAUUGAAAACCAAUCAAUAAUAAUAUGAUGGUGCAUGCAUAUUAUAAUAAUUUUUGAGUUGAAAGCACAAUUUUUCUUUUUUUGUUUGGUGCUCAAACGUGACGGUUUUAUUCGCCUAAAAGCUCCUCAUUGCUGCUCAAUUUUGUGCAACCGGCAUCCAAUGAAGAGGGACUUAAUUAAUUUAAUAAUAAAUGUACAAUGAUGGUUUUUAUAUCUAUGUCUUAUUUAAAAUUUGUGACUUGUAAAUAAACCUAAAAAGAAUCACUUUGUUUUUGAAUAUUUUCCUAUAAACUAACUAACUGAAUAAUACUCCUACAUCCUACAUAUGAUUGCUAUAAGGUAAAUUACUUGCACUGACAGUACUUUUGCUUUUUUUGAGCAUAAUUUUAUCUUUGAGUAAAUUCAACUUUGAGGUUUCGCGGUGUAUAGGGGCUGGUGGAUUUUUCGCCUCUAUAAUCUGACGGUCUUUUUCGAUUUGCACUACGGAGUACAGGUCGAAAUUGAACUCGCCCGACGCUACCAUGGGGCUUUUGAGUACCAAGGUUGCUUGUCGCAUUAGGGUGGAGUCUCUUAUUUGGUUUUCGUCGGGGGUGUCCAGGUAGAAUUUCGGCAUCGAGUUUUGACGGAUGAUCGGAAGCUCUU